UUAAAGCUUUAUGAAAUUAUAAAAGCACACAUCCCAAAAACCCAUGAUGCUAUUAUUUAUGGUAAAAAAUGUGGACAAUCAGGUCGCACUAUUGCUAAAAAUGUGGGAUGUAGUAAAACAGCUGUUUAUAAUACACUUAAAUGCUUUCGUCAAACUGGUUCUUCCACACCAAAAAAACAAACUGGCCGCCCACCACUCCUUAAUAUACCAUCUCAACAAGAGCUUAAAGCUUUUGUUCAAGAAAAUGUUGGACUUAGUGCUCGUAUUCCUCGUCACAAACCUGCAAUGACAGAAGCACAUUGUCAAAUUCGUCUUGAAUGG